AUGACUUCGGUAAAGCUACCAUAUGAUAUGGAAGAGGAAAUUCUGUCCAGAGUCCCAUGGAAAUCUCUUGCAAAGUUGAGAUGUGUAUGUAAGCUUUGGAAUAGUCUUAUUUUGGAAGAGAGACUCAACAAGAAGAACUUGUCGUUUCACAUGCACAGCUAUAGCGGUGAGCAUCGCUUUAUCCUCACAGACGAUGGUCCUAAUAUUUCUGCCGUGGGCAUCGAGGAGCAGAAAAACGUGGUCGAUCCUCUGUCUUUGACCGUCCAAGACUUUACCCUUAUAAAAGUUCGACCAUAUGAUCCAAUUAAUGUGUACAAGAUUGUUCACUGCGACGGUUUGUUGUUGUGUGUUAUGGACACCCAGCUUCUAGUUUGGAACCCGUUACUGAAGGAAACGAGUUGGAUCAAAUGCGGUAGUGACUUUCACGAACCUGAUGAUGCUUACAGCCUUGGAUACCUUAGCCAUUGUGAUUACAGGAUCUUAAGGUUUCGUUGUGCUAGUAAUUCCAGAAACAAACCUCCAAGGGUCGAGGUCUGUGAAGUUGCAUCCAAGACAUGGAAGGUUAUAGAGAACAUCAGUUUUGAUUGGUUCCUUAGUGUGCCAUUGUCGAUCCUCUCUUUGAGAGGAACUCCUUAUUGUAUAGGCCUUCAGGAAGAUCAUACAGCUUUCGUGCAAAGCUAUGAUUUUUCCAAAGAAAGGUUUCAGCCAAUAGAUGAACUGCCAUUCAGCUAUGAUGAGUUGAAUCCUACGGCAAUAGAGGUUUAUAAAGGAGAUAGGCUUUCAGUGUUGGAGCAAUGUCACAAAACAAGGAAGAUAUGCAUAUGGGUGAAGCAUUGGCUCAUGCUUACUUCUUGGACCAAAUUGCUGGUCGUGGACAUACCAGAGUUUCCGCUGUUAUAUCCACUUCCCAGUCUCCUUUCGAUGAAUUAUUAUUUCGACAAAAACGAUAGACUCGUCAUAACUUUUAAUGACACUGGCAUGAAGGGACUAUCUAUUAUCAGAGUCAUCAACGACAAGGAGUUCCAAGUAAUUAAAGCUAAUGAAUGGGAAAUUGGUUUCCCUUUUUUAUGCAGCUACGUUCCUAGCUUUGUUAGGCUUCCAGGCUUUUUGAAGCAAGACAUAAGUCGGAUUCGCUGGAGAAAACGUAGAUUCAACUAG